CGGAUUGCGUUUAGAACAGGACCGCCAGUGUUUUCAUGGCUGUAUACAAACGCCGAGCAAACAGCGUGUUCACGUCUGCCGGGUAGCGAUGCUUAAACCCUGCAUACUGUCUCGCAACUCUUCAGCUGCCAUUCAACUGGAAGACCGGAAAAGGUGGCUUAUGUGACAUUACUUCUAUGCUGUGCUCAGUUUAUUGUUCUGGUCCCAGACAGACGCGGAGGAGAAAUUGUGUAAGAAGAUGUUGAGUCGACUGAUGAGCGGCAGCAUCCGGAAUCUAGAAAGAGAAUACAACUGUACCGUCAGGCUUCUGGAUGAUACGGAAUACACCUGCACGAUUCAGAGAGACGCAAAGGGCCAGUUUCUGUUCGACCUCCUCUGCCACCACCUGAACCUGCUGGAGAAGGAUUACUUUGGCAUCAGAUAUGUGGACCCUGACAAGCAGAGGCACUGGUUGGAAUUCACAAAAUCAAUUACCAAGCAAAUGAAAGCUCAGCCACCUUUCACCAUGUGUCUGAGGGUCAAGUUCUACCCGCCGGACCCAGCUGCACUUAAAGAGGAAAUCACCAGAUAUCUAGUCUUCCUGCAGAUCAAGAGAGACCUGUACCACGGCCGGCUCCUGUGUAAGACGUCAGAUGCCGCCAUGUUGGCCGCUUACAUCCUGCAAGCGGAGAUCGGUGACUAUGACCCUGGAAAGCACCCGGAAGGCUACAGCUCCAAGUUCCAGUUCUUCCCCAAGCACUCAGAGAAGCUGGAGCGGAGGAUUGCUGAAAUACACAAGACGGAGCUGAUAGGACAGAAUCCUGAAGAAUCAGAGUUGAAUUUCCUGCAAAAAGCACAGAUGCUAGAGACGUAUGGAGUGGAUCCUCACCCGUGCAAGGACGUGUCUGGCAACCCAGCUUUCCUGGCCUUCACACCGUUCGGGUUCGUCGUUCUACAGGGGAACAAGAGGGUCCACUUCCUGAAAUGGACUGAGGUGACCAAACUCAAGUUUGAAGGAAAGACGUUUCAUAUAUAUGCAAAUCAGAAAGAGGACAGGAAGAUCAUCCUGACAUACUUUGCUCCAACUCCAGAGGCCUGCAAACACCUGUGGAAGUGUGGUGUAGAGAACCAGGCUUUCUACAAGCUGGAGAAGUCCAGUCAGGUGCGGACCGUGUCCAGCAGUAACCUCUUCUUUAAGGGGAGCCGCUUCCGAUACAGCGGCAGAGUGGCGAAAGAAGUGAUGGAGCAGAGCGCCAAGAUCAAGAGGGAUCCCCCCGAAAUACACAGGGCUGGCCUGGUGCCCAGCAGGAGCUGCCCCUCCAUCACCCACGGCCCCCGCCUGACCAGCGUCCCCCGAACCCGCCGGAGAGCUGUGCACAUAUCCAUCAUGGAGGGUCUGGAGUCCCUCCGGGACAGCGCCCACUCCACGCCAGUGCGCUCCGUCUCCCACGGCGACUCGUUCAUGCCGCGGUCGCGCAGCACGAUGCCGGACGGAGCCGAGGGCCCCGCCGUCAUCUCGGACGAGGCCUACAGCCCGUCGGACAGCGUGCUGCCCACCCCCGUGGCCGAGCACAGCCUGGAGCAGGCCCUGGCCCGCCAGACCAACGGCGCCCCCCGCAGCAUCGAGGAGGAGAAGGAGUCGGACGCGGGGAGCCCCUCCUCCGGAGGAGACCUCUCCGAGCUCGGGGCCGAGGGCUGGGAGGCCGGCGCCCGUUCGCCCGGGGAAGCGGAACAGGUGAAUAAGUUUGUCUUAAGUGUGCUCCGUCUGCUCCUCGUGACCGUUGGACUCCUCUUUGUGUUGCUCCUCCUCCUCAUCGUUCUGACCGAGUCCAACAUUGACGUGGCGUUUUUACGCGACAUCCGCCAGACGCCCGAGUUCCAGCAGUUUCAUUCCGAGUACUUUUGUCCCCUCAGGCGAUGGUUUGCCUGCAAGUUCAGCUGGCUGGGCGGGCCAAUCAGUGACAAGUGA